UGGCGCUGGGAGUUCAUGUUCAGUUGUUUGUCUGCUGUGACCCCUGAAUCCUUUCCAGAAUCAUUGCUUUCCAGGGCUGCUUUAGAGGAAGUGGAAGGAGAUGUGGCAGAAUUAGAAUUGAAACUUGAAAAGCUAGUGAAGCUUUGCAUUGCAAUGAUUGAUACUGGUAAAGCUUUUUGUGUUGCCAACAAGCAGUUCGUCAAUGGAAUUCGAGACCUUGCACAGUAUUCCAAUAAGGACGUAAUAAUUGAGACCAGCUUGACAAAGUUUUCUGACAGCCUACAGGAAAUGAUCAAUUAUCACACAACCCUAUUUGACCAAACCCAAAGAUCAAUUAAAGCACAGCUUCAGACGUUCGUUAAAGAAGAUAUUAGAAAAUUUAAAGAAUCAAAGAAGCAGUUUGAAAAAGUCAGUGAAGAAAAAGAAAAUGCACUAGCAAAAAAUGCUCAAGUUCAAAGAAAUAAACAACAUGAAGUAGAGGAGGCCACCAACAUUCUCACUGCAACACGAAAAUGCUUUCGGCACAUAGCUCUGGAUUACGUUCUUCAGAUUAAUGUUCUUCAAUCUAAGAGGAGAUCAGAGAUCUUAAAAUCGAUGUUAUCCUUUAUGUAUGCUCAUCUGACCUUCUUUCAUCAAGGCUAUGAUCUGUUUAGUGAGCUUAAGCCAUACAUGCAUGAUCUCGGAGCACAGCUGGAUCGGUUGGGUGUAGAUGCUGCAAAGGAGAAGAGAGAGAUGGAGCAAAAGCACUCCACCAUUCAACAAAAGGAUUUCUCCAGUGAUGAUACUAAGCUAGAAUACAAUGUAGAUGCAGCCAAUGGCAUUGUUAUGGAAGGGUAUCUCUUUAAGCGAGCCAGCAAUGCUUUCAAGACUUGGAACAGGAAAAAGCCAGAUCACAUCAGACGCUGGUUUUCGAUACAGAAUAAUCAGCUUGUUUACCAGAAAAAAUUUAAGGAUAAUCCCACAGUAGUCGUUGAAGACUUGCGGCUUUGCACAGUUAAGCAUUGCGAAGACAUAGAAAGACGUUUCUGCUUCGAGGUAGUCUCUCCAACAAAAAGCUGCAUGCUCCAGGCUGAUUCUGAAAAGCUGCGGCAGGCAUGGAUUAAGGCUGUUCAGACCAGUAUUGCUACAGCAUAUAGAGAGAAGGGGGAUGAAUCCGAGAAACUAGAGAAGAAAUCAUCCCCUUCUACAGGAAGCCUAGAAUCUGGCAGCGAGUCAAAAGAGAAGUUGUUAAAAGGAGAAAGUGCUCUACAGCGGGUUCAAUGUAUUGGUGGUAACAUCGCCUGUUGUGACUGUGGCCUGGCAGAUCCUCGUUGGGCCAGUAUCAACCUAGGAAUCACACUGUGUAUUGAGUGUUCUGGGAUACACAGGAGUCUAGGAGUCCACUUUUCAAAAGUUAGAUCCUUAACACUAGAUACAUGGGAGCCUGAACUUCUAAAGCUGAUGUGUGAAUUGGGGAAUGAUGUCAUCAAUAGAAUCUAUGAAGCAAAAGUUGAAAGAAUGGGAGUUAAGAAGCCACAGCCUGGAAGCCAAAGGCAGGAGAAAGAGGAUUAUAUCAGAGCAAAAUACGUGGAAAGAAAAUUUGUGGAGAGACAGCCUGCAUCAGUAUCUCCUCCUGAGCAUGGAACAAAAGUUCUGCCUCAAAGUCAGGAGGAAAAUAUGCACAACAUCCGUGAAAAACCCCCUUUGGCAGGUGAACAAGUCACAGCUUCUCCCACAGUAAGAAGCAAUGACAGUGGGACCCAGCACAGUGCCGAUGACAGUAGAGAACACCUCGCCUCCAUCAUCUCCACAAACAGUUUGUUUGAGCCAGAAGGAGAAAAGCGAGAUUCUUCUGUGUUUCAUGAUUCAAAACAGCUUCAUCCAGGACUGCAGCUUUAUCGAGCUGCCUAUGAGAAGAACCUUCCUGAUAUGGCAGAGGCAUUGGCCCAUGGAGCUGAUGUAAACUGGGUCAAUACAAAAGAAAACAAAGUGACACCACUGAUUCAGGCAGUCUUAGGGGGCUCAUUGGUUACUUGUGAGUUCUUACUGCAGAAUGGUGCCAAUGUAAACCAUAGGGAUGUGAAAGGAAGAGGACCGCUACACCAUGCCACAGUCUUGGGGCACACUGGGCAAGUGUGUUUAUUCCUAAAACGAGGAGCAAAUCAGCAUGCCACUGAUGAAGAAGGGAAAGACCCUUUGAGUAUAGCUGUAGAAGCUGCAAAUGCGGAUAUCGUAACUCUGUUACGUUUGGCGAGAAUGAAUGAAGAAAUGCGGGAAUCAGAAGGACUUUAUGGACAGCCAGGAGAUGAAACUUACCAGGACAUUUUUCGUGAUUUUUCCCAAAUGGCAUCCAAUAAUCCAGAGAAGCUAAACCGUUUUCAGCAAUCAGAUUCACAGAAGUCUUGAAUGUCUAAGAAGGAACCUGGUUCUUUUCUAAUGCUUAUAGAGCAGCGGUCUAUAUUUUUUUAAAACUGCUUUCAUUAUAU